AUGGCAAACAUAAUGGCAGCUCUUGCAAUGAUCAUGAUGAUGUUGCAGAUGCAUCUGGUGUCCUCUCAGGACCUACCUGACAGUUGCGAUGGCAACCCUAACAGUUGCGAGGAAAUCGCAGCCCUUCAGCUUUCCUCUCAGAAGCAACCAGAUGAAGACAAGUGCGACUGGAAACUUGGAGGUACAGAUCCCAAAGGAGCGAGCUGCGAGACCAUCUGCGACGAUGUUGGAAAAGUCUGCGACCCUGGAGAGCAGAAGGGUCUGACAGAAGAGGAAAUGAAGGAUCUAAUUGAAGGUUUUGACCUGGAGUGCGAUGACGAUGAGGCCCCGGAGUCAACUGACCUCCGGACGCCAUAUAUCUUCACAAAUACAAGCCAAUGUCGCCGUGCCGCCGCCACCGCCACCUCCGCUUGUGCACUUGGCGAUAAUGAGAAUGUUAAUCUCAGGAGGUUGUGCUGCUGCGUCUUGCCACCAGCACAGGUGGAGAAUGAUCCCCACGUCCAUACCUUGAAAGGUGCGCACUACACGCUCUUGAAGAGUGGCAACUUCUUGGCAUGGAGUUUCUCUAAGGAUCCAGUGGAGUGGCACCUGUUGGCCGCUUACUCCGGUGCUAGAUCGCGGUUCACCACUCAGUCGCUUUUGCUUCUGGAAAAGCAGAGUGGACAGACUUUGGAGAUGACAGCAGAAGACUGUGUGUGGCAGACGAAAACGGAGAAUGGAUGGCGCAAAGUGCAGCCCGAGUUGCUGCUCCAGGGUGCUGCGAGCGUGGACGUCCAAGAAGUUGAUAAGCACACCCGCGAUCCUCUGAAUUUGGAGUCGGUGAUGGUUUUGCAAAUGUCGGAGCCAGAGAAAUCAGGCGUGCGGAAGGUGGCUAGGCUUCUGACCCACUGCAGCCCCAGUAAGUAUUUGAACUUCAAGGUGAAGAUGUUUGAUACGAAGGAUUUGGACUAUGUGGGAGGAGAGCUUGGAAGUGCACCACGCAACCAGAGCCACUUGAGCCUCUUGUCGGCCAAACUCAGCUCCAUGGUGAUGCGAACGGAUACCGAGUUCCAGGUUAGCAGCUGGGCUUCAUUGGGCGGCAGUGAGGCUGCAGCAGACUUCUUGAAGUUGAAGCAAGAGGCUGAAAUGGCUUUGAUCAGCACCGAGACGACCCAGACCUGCACGGAAGCCAAAGAGCAAGAAGCGGUCACAUCUCAAAGGGUUCUGGAUGCAAAGGGAGCCAAAAGAAAGAGACAGGCCGAUCCGGGCAAAGCGGAAGAGCCCGCGGACAAGAAAGAGCGCAAGACGAACACUCUGCAGGCAUCCUCUCCAGGGGUCCCCCUUGAAGAGAAAGCAGAGGCCCAAGUGCCACGCCUGCGUUGGUGU